CGGGCCCUGCGAUGCCGUUUGGCUGCGUGACGCUGGGAGACAAGAAAGAUUAUAACCAGCCGUCUGAGGUGACCGACAGAUAUGACCUGGGCCAGGUCAUCAAAACGGAGGAGUUCUGUGAAAUCUUCCGGGCCAAGGAGAAGACGACGGGGAAGUUUUACACCUGCAAGAAGUUUCUGAAGCGGGAUGGGCGGAAAGUGCGGAAGGCAGCCAAAAACGAGAUCAUCAUCCUCAAAAUGGUGAAGCACCCCAACAUCCUACAGCUGGUGGAUGUCUACAUCACCCGCAAGGAAUAUUUCAUCUUCCUGGAGCUGGCCACUGGCCGGGAGGUCUUCGACUGGAUCCUGGACCAGGGCUACUACUCAGAGAAGGACACCAGCAAUGUCAUCCGGCAGGUGCUGGAGGCUGUUGCCUACCUGCACUCACUCAAGAUUGUCCACAGAAACCUCAAGCUGGAGAACCUGGUGUACUAUAAUCGCCUGAAGAACUCCAAGAUCGUCAUCAGUGACUUCCACCUGGCCAAGCUGGAGAACGGGCUCAUUAAGGAGCCCUGUGGCACCCCUGAGUACCUGGCUCCGGAGGUGGUGGGGCGGCAGCGGUACGGGCGGCCGGUGGACUGCUGGGCCAUCGGCGUCAUCAUGUACAUCCUCCUCUCGGGAAACCCCCCUUUCUACGAGGAGGCAGACGAGGAUGACUAUGAGAACCACGACAAGAACCUCUUCCGCAAAAUCCUGGCUGGGGACUAUGAGUUCGACCCGCCGUACUGGGAUGACAUCUCGCAAGCGGCUAAGGAGCUGGUGACACGUCUGAUGGAGGUGGAGCAGGACCAGAGGAUCACAGCAGAGGAGGCCAUCUCCCAUGAGUGGAUCUCUGGGAAUGCUGCCUCUGACAAGAACAUCAAGGAUGGUGUCUGUGCCCAGAUCGAGAAGAACUUCGCCCGCGCCAAGUGGAAGAAAGCUGUGCGAGUGACCACGCUCAUGAAACGCCUGCGGGCGCCCGAGCAGACGGAGACGGCGGCAGCCUCGGCCCCAGCAGCGACACCGGCUCCGGCAGCGGCUCCAGCCGCGGCAGCGACCCCGGCCCCGGCAGCAACUCCAGCCUCGGCAGCUACCCCGGCCCCGGCGGCGACCCCGGCCCCGGCGGCGACCCCGGCCACCGCCCCGGCUCCCGCCGCCGCGGCCGCGGAGCCCGCGGCUACAGAGCCCGCCACCGACACGGCCCCGGCCCCGGCCCCCGCCGCGGAGCCCGCAGCCUCCUCUGCCACCGCCCCGGAGCCCGCAGCCCCCGGCACGCCGCCCGCCGCCGCGCAGCCCCCGGCCCCCGGUACGCCGCCCGCCACAUGUACCGAGGUCGGGGCCGCCGCCGAGCCCCCCAGCGAGCAGAGCGGCUGA